CCUCUCACUGCAAAGGCCAACAUGGACGAGGCAGCACCGAACGCGGUGAACCCAAACUCGACAUGGAUCAACGGGCGCGGCUUCUGGAUCUUCUACCUCUGUCUCAUUGGUGGCUUCCGGUUCUUCCUCUACCUCUUGCAGGGCUUUAUGGCGUCGACGACGGCUUGGACUCUCUUCAAUGUCCUCCAUACUAUGACCACGUUUGUGACGUGGCACUGGAUGAAGGGCACGCCGUUUGAGCACAACCAGGGCGAGUUCAAGGAGUUCACCCUCUGGGAGCAGCUCGAUGAUGAGGUCCAGUUCACCACCACCCGCAAGUUCUUCACUGCAGUCCCGGUCGUCCUCUUCCUCAUCUCGUGCCACUACGCCCACUUUACCACCACCCAGUUUGUCAUCAACGUCGUCGCCGUCGGAUUUGCCCUCAUCCCCAAGCUCCCGUACAUGCACCGCAAGCGCAUUCUUGGUAUCAACAAGGACUAGCUAGGCUAGCCUCGUCGUCUUGUUUGUGACGGCGCUCUGUGCCUUGCUUCUUUCCCCCCUCUCGCUUGCCCUCCACGCUCACCGCUCUCUGCCGCAGUGUGCCUGUCAUGUCGCGCGUUUGAUGGCCCUGUUGCCAGGCUGCGAUGCGGUGAGCGAUGUGAUGUGGCGUAGGUUGGGAUGCGAAAGGUGGAGCGGACUCGGGGUGUGUGUGACCUAACUAGAGUCCUGGCCGCUGCCCAUCUUGAUGGCGUCGACGCUUGCGCUCGCUGUCGAUCACAUUCUUUGUGUUUUCUCUCUCGCCCACGGUUGUUCACGGCUGAUCUGGCGCUGACACCCAGCCAGUCAUGCACACUACCGCCGACCAGGCCUCUGCUCGCCACGCAAAGCAGAGUGCACGUGCACGCCGGCGCAAGCUCGCGUCUGUGCAAGCACCACCGGUUUCGUCGCCGGCCACCCCCUUCCCUACUCUCCAACAAGCAAAAAAAAACCAUGUGUCAAAACGGUA